AUGUCUUUCAAGGUCAAGGCCCUCUACGAGUACUCCUCGCCCCACGACGAUGAUCUGAACUUCCCAGUCGGGCAGAUCAUCACCGUCACGGAAGAGGAGGACGAGGACUGGUACACCGGAGAGUACCUCGACGACGCUGGAGCUAAGCAUGAGGGCAUCUUCCCCAGGAACUUCGUCGAGAAGUACGAGCCAGUCGCCCCGCCCCGCCCGACUCGAACGAGAACCAAGAAGGAACCUGAGCCAGCCUCUGAGGAGGUAGCCGCCGCUCCCGAGGAGCCUGCUCAGCCGGCUUUCUCUCCAAAAGCCUCCGCGCCAGAGCCGGCGGCCGCGCCUUACGAGGAGGAGCAGCCUAUCUCUCCGCCUCCAUUGCAAACCGAGCCCAGGUCUCCCAUCGCUGCUGCUCCUCGCGCACCGGAGCCCGCUGAGCCCGAGACCCCCGCGUCGCCUCCCCGCGCUCCUGCAGCAGAGCCAGUUGCUCAGUCUCCACCAAAGGCCGCGCCCGCUAAGAAGGGCCCGCCUCCCGUGUCGCAGAAGCCAGCUAGCAGCUCCUUCAAGGACCGCAUCGCCGCUUUCAACAAAUCUGCUGCACCACCAAUCGCCCCUUUCAAGCCUGCUGGGCUGGGCGGCUCGUCCGGCGCCUCCUCCUUCAUCAAGAAGCCCUUCGUUGCUCCUCCUCCCAAGGGCAACACCUACGUCCCGGUCCAGCGCAGCACUCCAGUGGCUCCUGUCUACCGCCGUGAUGAAGACCCUGAGAUCAAAGAGCGGGAAGCUGAGAAUGAGGAGACUGCUCAGAAGGCAGGAUUGAUGCCCACCGAAUCUAACGAGGGCGACGAGGAUCAGCCGAAACCCUUGAGUCUGAAGGAACGGAUGGCACUUCUCCAGAAACAACAGCAAGAGCAGGCACAAAGGCACGCAGAAGCCGCGGCCAAGAGGGAAAAGCCGAAGCGCCCGGCGAAGCCUCGCAUGCCCAGCCACGAACCUGCUGCCACCGAGAGCGUCGACGAGGAAGAGGCUGCUCAGCCACCACCUCUGGACCGCACCGACACCGGUGGAACAGGAGGCAGGGAGUCUAUAGACGAGUCGCAUCCUCCAAGAGUGCCUGCGCAGCCUCGCCGCAAGCCCUCCAAGGGCCCAGAGCCUAGAGAUGGAAACGAAGCAGACAUGUCUGGUGCUGGAGAGACAACCGAAGACCAGGCAGACCUCACCGAACGUGAAGACAGCGACGAAAAGCCUCGGCGCCCAUCCCGGGUGGCUACAGGAGGCGGCCCAGCCGAGGAGGCUGAAGAGACCCAAGAUGAGGAGGAGGAGGAGGAGGAAGACGAGGAAACCAAGGAGUUCCGGCGCAAGGAGGAGCUCCGUGCAAGGAUGGCCAGACUGGGCGGUGGUAUGGGAAUGCCGGGCAUGUUUGGCAUGCCCGUCCCCGGCGGUGCUCCAUCGUUGCCGCCGAAGAAGAAGAAGGCCUCCGCGUCCGAGCGACGCGCCAGCGAGGACUCCCAGCCGCUCGCUUCUCCGACACAGGCACCUCCAGUCCCCAUGAUGAUGCCUUUGCCAGGCCUGGGCGGCCCCCGCAAGUCCGAAGACAAGACACCUGUGACGGAGGAGCCUCCUGCUGUAUCUGACGAGGAAGAGGAUGAGCCAGUGGCACGCAGUCCCCCAGCUGUCCCAACCAGCGCUUCUGGUGCUGCCCCGCCAAUUCCUGGUGGACGUCCUGCGCCACCCCCUGUACCCGCGGACUCUCGACCUCCCCCUCCGCCUGCUCCUGUGGCGAAUGCUGCCAAGUCUGAGGGUUCCGAAACGGAUGAUGAGCUGUCAGGACCUGGGGCUUUGGAAACGCCACGAGGGUCAUCUUCCAGGCCCUCGGCUCUUCCAGAGGACAGCAAUGAAGGAGAGGUCACAGAGUACGACGGAGAUUACGAUACGGACAUCGCCUCCUCAGUGCCUCACAAGGAUGCUCUGAAGGCUCACGGGCGUGAGUCAAGCAUCGAGGACACCAUUUCAGUCGCGUCGCCCAAGGAAGCACCUCCCUCCUUGCCGCCGCCCAUCCCCUCCGCUGCUGCUCCAAGAGCUGUGCCUCCUCCGCCCCCUGUGCCCAGCCAGCCUCCUCCAGACAGUCGGCCAGAUACUCGACGGUCUGACACUCGACGAUCUGUUGACGCUCCUCGAGCAGCGCCCCCGCCACCUCCGCCUACAAACUUCGCCCCGCAAGACGAAGAAGAGUACGACCCUUACAACUACACUGCCGCUGCGACGUCUCCUCGGAUUCCUGCUCCGCCAUCUUUCUCUCAGCCGCCCCCGCCGCCGCCUCCCCGUCCGGACGAUGACUACGAGCAACCUUACCAGCCACAACCCGAGCAGAGGGCUGCUCCUGUCGCCUCAUCUGGUCGGCCUUCUGCGCCCACAUCUCGCGGCUCACUAGAUGUUCGUACAUCUAGACGAUCCGUGGAUAUGCUGAACAGGCCGUCCAUGGAAUCCGGCUUUGUUGCCAAUGAUGUUGAUCUGGCCCCUCAAUCAGGAUGGUGGUUACAGCCAAACGGUCUGCCACCGCAGCUGCAAGGUCGCAAGGACCUUUUCUUCGAAUCUGAUGAGUCUCAGUCUACACAGCGUGGCACAAAGACGACCGUGACUCGGGACAUUUAUAUUCUAUUUCAAGACUACUCGCAGACCGUUAUCACGGUGCGCUUCGAUCCUCAGGAUGCUAAGGACGUCCACUUAGAGCAGCGCCAUGAGGGUCCUCCUCGAAGUCUGCGACAGGACCAGCUUGAGGAGUCGUACGAGCGUUUCGGCCGGCCGAUCUCUACAGCCGUGGCCGGGAAGAAAGACACUGUGGUUGGUGAUGGUGCACCACAAUCGCUUGUGUUGGAACUACUGAAGCCAUUCAAGGACGCUCUCCUCCCCGUUGGCUCCCGCGCGUACGGCGCGCUCGUCUACUCCAACCUCGCCAACGCCAGCACGACACAGACGGACCAGAUCCGGCCAGGCGACAUCAUCAGCAUCCGCAACGCCAAGUUCCAGGGCAAGCACGGCCCGAUGCACGCCAAGUACAGCGUGGAGGUGGGCAAGCCGGACCACGUCGGCGUGGUGGCCGAGUGGGACGGGACCAAGAAGAAGGUGCGCGCGUGGGAGCAAGGCCGCGAGUCCAAGAAGGUCAAGCAGGAGAGCUUCAAGCUCGACGACCUGCGCAGCGGCGAGGUCAAGAUCUGGCGCGUCAUGCCGCGCAGCUGGGUCGGCUGGGAGGGCCAGAACUAG